AUGAAACUUUUGAAAGGAGUUAAUAACAUUGUCUCAUUGGCAAUAAGAUUGUCGCAGCUAGUUUUCGGUAUUAUCGUUUUCGCUUUAGGAGUUUUCGUUGCUGAUAAAUUUGACAGUGGAAGAGCAGGCUUCAAUGCUGCCGUUGCAAGAAAUAAGGCUCCAACAAAGUCUUGGACCGCUUUAAGCACCUUGUGCAUGGGUGGUAUCUACCCUCAAAAUACGCUUGUUCGCCAUGCUGAUGCUGAAAAUAACACUGGAGUGACAAAUGAAAAUGAUCCAGUGGCUGGCGAACAUAAGUAUACAACUGAUAAUCUGACCACUGGUGAGCACAAGUAUGAUGGACAUGGGCUGAGUUUAGGUGAGGCUCAUUAUGACUCUAACGUUCACAACGGUGGUGAAGCCAUGUAUGACUCAAAUGCUCACCAUAUAAGUGAACCCAGAUUUGAUUCCAAUGCUCAGACCAUGGCUGCUCCAGGUGAACAGCCAAUUGGCUACGGAGCCAAAUGA